AUGUCUUCUCCUUUUCCAACCACUGCCCUGAAAGCCCACGGGGUGCAGAUUUUGGGUCCGAUCCCAUCCAAUGCCAAGCACAUUUUCACUCCAGAAACGUUGGCUUUUGUCGCCACGUUGCACCGCAACUUCCAAGGCCAGAGGAAGAAGUUAUUGGCUGCCAGAAAAGAGCAACAAAAAUUGAGAGAUUCUGGUGUGUUGCCAGACUUUUUACCUGAGACUGCUCACAUCAGAGAAGACCCCACUUGGACUGGUCCUCCAUUGGCUCCCGGCUUGAGAGACCGUAGAGUCGAGAUCACGGGCCCAACCGACAGAAAGAUGGUGAUUAAUGCCUUGAACUCUGGUGUGGCUACAUACAUGGCAGAUUUCGAAGACUCCUUGACUCCAGCAUGGGACAAUUUGGUUGAUGGCCAAGUCAAUUUGUACGACGCUGUGAGAAGAAACUUGUCCUUUUCUUCCAAUGGUAAGGAAUACAGGCUCAAGGUUGAACCAGGAAAGUACAUCCCCACAUUGAUUGUACGCCCAAGAGGAUGGCAUUUGGACGAGAAACACGUUUUGGUUGACGGUGAACCCGUUUCUGGUGGUAUUUUCGACUUUGCUGUGUACUUUUUCAACAAUGCUAAGGAGGCCAUUGCACAGGGUUUUGGCCCUUACUUCUACUUGCCCAAGAUGGAGCAUCACUUAGAGGCCAAGUUGUGGAACGAUAUCUUCAACCAUGCACAAGACUACAUUGGAAUCCCAAGAGGAACCAUCAGAGGAUCUGUUUUGAUUGAAACUUUACCUGCUGCUUUCCAAAUGGACGAGAUUAUUUAUCAAUUGAGAUCGCACAUUGGUGGCUUGAACUGUGGAAGAUGGGACUACAUCUUCUCUUACAUCAAGUCAUUGAGAAACCACAAGGAGUUCAUUUUGCCAGACAGAUCACAGGUGACCAUGGCAGCUCCAUUCAUGUCAUCUUAUGUUAAACUCUUGGUGCACACAUGCCACAAGAGACAGGUUCACGCUUUAGGUGGAAUGGCCGCACAGAUCCCUAUCAAGACAGAUGAGGCCAGAAACAGAGCUGCCUUGGAAAAUGUUGCCAAAGACAAGUUGCGUGAGGUUUUGGCUGGCUGUGACUCAUGCUGGGUCGCACAUCCAGCUUUGGUUCCAGUGGUGUUGAAGGUUUUCAAUGAGCACAUGAAAGGCCCUAACCAAAUCAAUGUUCCUCCAAGAGAACCCUACAAGCCAGUUACUGCAAGAGACUUGUUGAGUCCAUUUGUUCCUGGUGCAAAAAUCACCGAACAAGGUAUCAGAGCCAAUUGUAUCAUUGGUUUGUCAUACAUUGAGGCUUGGUUGCGUAACGUUGGAUGUGUUCCAAUCAACUACUUGAUGGAGGAUGCCGCGACCGCGGAAGUAUCUAGAACCCAACUCUGGCAGUGGGUUACUCAUGGUGCUACUACUGACACCGGCAAGCUCAUCGACAAGUCUUACGUCUCGAAGCUUUUGACAGAGGAAUACGAGAAGUUGGUGAAGGCAGCAAAGCCAGGUAACAAGUUCAAGAGAGCUUUGGAGUACUUCAAGCCCGAGGCUACUGGAGAGAAAUACUCUGACUUUGUCACCACAUUGAUCUACAAUGAUGUCACCACAAUUGGCAGACCUAUUACGGCUGAGAAAUUGUAG